AUGGAUCUGCUGCCGUCGAGCGCGGACGAGUUCAGGUCGCGCGAGUACUGGGACAGGUUCUUCAGGAAGCGCCGCGGCAAGGCGUUCGAGUGGUACGGCGAGUGGCACGAGCUCAAGCCGCUGCUGCUGCGCCCCGAGUGCUGCGGCACUGCACACCGCGCAGGCGGCGACGCAAGCGAUGAGUCACCGCUGCAGAUCCUGGUGGUGGGGUGCGGCAACUCGGAGCUGUCCGCGCAGCUGCACGACCACGUGGCGCUCCCCGAUGUCCCUGACGGUCGUGCGCCCGCUGUCAUCACGAGUAUUGACUUCAGUACGGUCGUCAUCGACGAGAUGAAGCGCAAGAAUGACGCGGCGCGGCCGAACAUGAAAUGGCAUGUCAUGGACAUGACCGCCACCACUGUACGUGCGCUGCGCGUUCCGCGGCGAGACGCGGCGAGCGGGUCGUGGGUGGGAGCGGGAGGCAUGCAGGGGCCAGCAGGUGGACGCCGCAAUCGCCGUGAGCGUCGCGCAGUGCCAGGGUUUAGCGGGGGUUUAGGGGAGAUUGAGAGGGCGCGGCGGGAUGGUGGCGCAGGAGUGAGAGGCGCGCGUGGUGGCGAGGAUACGGAAAUUGUUGACCCUCCUUUUGCUGGCCACACUGCCGCGCUGCCCUACGCGGGGGGCGUGUUCGACGUGGUGGUGGACAAGGGCGGGCUGGACGCGCUCAUGGGCGAGGACGGCGGCGACGCCUCCGCCGCGGGCACGCGCCUGCUGCGCGAGGUGCAGCGCCUCGUCGCCCCGGGGGGCGGGCGCUACCUCUGCGUCACGCUCGCCCAGCGCCACGUGCUCGAGCUGCUGCUGCGUCACUUCCGCACCGCCACGUGGACGGUGGUCAUCCAUGCCGUGCCCAUCGCCCCGCACACCGCCCCCUCGCCCCUGCGCCCCUUCCUCGUCGUCGCCACCAACACCGCUCCGCGCUCCCCCCCUUCGUCCUCCUCUCCCGCGCCCACGGCACCGCUGCUACCGCUAGUGGCGACGACGUUUGCGCGCGUGGGUCACAACGGCAUCCACCCGGAGCAGCUGGCGGACAUGUUCACCAUCGUUGAUCGCGAGAACCAAAUCCGAUCAACACCCUGCAUGCCCCCGCCACUCGCUGCGCCCGCUGUGCACGCGGGUGCGGGUGCCUCGCAGUCACCUGCCUCACCGCUGUCCCUGGCGGCGCUGGCAACGUACAGCGCGGGCAGGCGCGUGAUGUGCCGCCUCAACCCGCAUGUGCCAGGGGCCGCAGCAGCGGCGCAGGGAGAGGAGUGUGGAGAGGUCGUUGUGAUGGCACCACCGCCGGAUGAUGCCACUCCCUCCCCUGCCGCGCUUGCACAUGGCGUUGGUGGUGGGGGCGGCAGUGCGUUCUCGGGUGUGGUGCUGGACGCCACGCCCACCAUGCUGGAUGGCGCAUCCCUGCCCUGCGCUGUCUUCCUCGUGCCCCAGGGCAUGAACCGCGACUGGCUGUAUGCAUCGGAGGAAGGGCAGUGGCAGCUGGUGGAAUCAGCCAAUACUCAGCGCCUCAUUCUGGUGCAGCAGAACGAGCAGCCGGGGCAGCUGCCACUGACCAUGGCGCAAGUGCAGGAGGAGCUGUCGCCGCUGGUGCUACAGCUGGCGCCCGAGUACUGUAGGAAGACCCGCUACGCCAUCCCGUACAUGACCACGGAGACGGCUGCCGUUACUGGCACCCUGCGUGCUGAGGUGGUAUCAGCCACGACGGGCGCCAUGGUGGUGCUGGACGACGUGCGCUCGCCCCCCCACUGCACGCGCCGCCUCGUCUUCCGCCGCAACCCCAACCUCGUGCAGUCCGAGGCCCUCCUCGUGCCCAAGCCGCCCCCCGCCCCUACUGCCCCGCGGGAGGAGCAGCGUGGUAGUGCAGCAGGAGGAACGUCUGAUGCUGUAGGGAAGGAGGGAGGGAAGAAAGGCGCGGCGGGAGGAAAGCAGAAGCAAGGGAAGGCAGCAGCAGCAGACACGGCAGUGGGUGCGAGUAAGAAGAGCAAGAAGGCAGCGGCAAAGGCAGCGCGGAAGCAGCAGGCGGGUGAGGAGGCGGGGAGAGGAGCAGGGGCGGAGUGGGUGGUGGAUCACGGGCAGCUGGCGAGUGAGUACCACGGCGCCAUGCUGGCCGGGCUCAGCCUCGUGGCGCCGCUCAUGGAGGCCAGGGAGACCACCCACGCCCAGCUGACAGCAGCCGUGAUAGGGCUGGGCGGAGGGGCGCUGCCCAUGUUCCUGCGCCAGCACUUCCCCUUCACAAGUAUCACCGUGGCGGAGCUGGAUGCAGUGAUGGGGCAAGUUGCAAGCGACCACUUUGGAUUCACACAAGACUCCGUGCUGCGACUGCACAUUGGCGACGGUGUGGCGCUCGUGCACGCCAUGGCUGCGCCGCACGCCACCCAAGGGGCGCAGCAAGGGGCAGUGCUGGACGACUCGGUACCGGCACUGCAGCGCGCCACAGCAGCUCUGGCCCUGUCAGGCGAUUCUGAGUGCGGGGGAGGAGGGCGUGGGGGAGCAGGGGUGGACGUGAUAUUCGUGGAUGCUGACUCCGAUGACCCCAGUACGGGAAUGAGCUGCCCAGCACAGGUCUUCUUGGAGCCGCAUUUUCUUCAGUCAGCCCGAGCUGCCCUGAAUGAGGGAGGGAUGCUUGUGCUGAAUGUGGUUGCGCGGGCUAGCAGCAAGUACAAGGCGGCUGUUGCUGCCGUGCGACAGGUGUUCACAGCGGUGUACGAGGUGGACGUGGACGGGGACAUCAACCGCGUGCUCUUCGCCCUGCCCACCACGCCGCCUGCACUCGCCGAAUGUGCAGACCAGGCUGCAGCAGCGAGGGCCCUCAAGCUUGGUGCAGUGCGUGUGGCGGCGCUGGCUGGGAGAUUUGCUCCCUGGGGUAAAGGGCCCUCACUUGUGAAGCUGGCAGGCAGCAUCACGCUGGCUGCGUGA